GGAGAUUCCAUGGCAAAGGCUGGUGUGCGGCUGCUGAGGUGAUCUGGCGCAGAGCGCUGGAGCUGCUUGCCGCUAGUCGGGCUCCUCCCCUCACUUUGCGGCCUCUCUGAGGUUGAUCCCGUUCUUGUGUACUCUGGCAGAAUGUGGAUGACGCCCAAAAGGAGCAAGAUGGAAGUCGACGAGGCUCUUGUUUUCCGGCCCGAAUGGACCCAGCGUUACUUGGUGGUGGAACCUCCAGAGGGCGAUGGGGCCCUGUGCUUGGUCUGUCGCCGCCUUGUCGCUUCUACCCGCGAACGUGACGUCAGGCGCCACUACGAGGCGGAACACGAAUACUAUGAGCGGUAUGUGGCGGAGGGCGAUCGCGCGGCCUUGGUGGAGCGUCUGCGUCAGGGCGACAUGUCGUUGAGCACCUUGCUCACUCCAGAGGAGAAAGCUGCUCGUGCAGGCCUCGGGCUCUGUCGCCUGUUGGCCUUGAAGGGUCGCGGCUGGGCUGAGGGGGACUUUGUACACCAGUGCAUGGAGAUAUUGCUAAAAGAGGUACUGCCGGAGCAUGUAGGCGUCUUGCAAAGAAUUAAUUUGUCUCCAGAGAUCACAAGGCAGAGGAUUCUGAGCAUUGACAGUAAUCUACGUUGUCAGCUUUUUAACCGAGCCAGACAAUUUAAAGCCUAUUCUCUUGCCUUGGACGACCAGGCUUUUGUGGCCUAUGAGAACUAUCUCCUGGUCUUUAUUCGUGGCGUGGGCCAUGAUUUGGAGGUGCAGGAAGACCUUCUGACCAUAAUCAACCUGACUCAUCACUUCAGUGUUGGUGCACUCAUGUCGGCCAUUCUAGAGUCUUUGCAGAGAGCAGGGCUUAGCUUGCAGCGAAUGGUUGGACUGACCACGACGCACACUUUGAGAAUGAUUGGUGAGAACUCAGGACUGGUCUCAUACAUGAGAGAAAAGGCCGUGAGUCCCAACUGUUGGAAUGUUAUCCACUAUUCAGGAUUUCUUCACUUGGAACUGUUGAGCUCUUAUGACAUAGAUAUUAAUCAGAUCGUAAAUACCAUAUCAGAAUGGAUAGUUUUAAUUAAGACCAGAGGCGUUAGGCGACCGGAGUUUCAGUCUUUACUAACUGAAUCUGAGUCAGAGCAUGGUGAAAGGAUUAACGGACGAUGUCUGAACAACUGGCUUAGAAGAGGGAAAUCUUUAAAAUUAAUAUUUUCAUUACGAAAAGAAAUAGAAGCAUUCUUGGUUUCAGUAGGGGCAACAACAGUCCAUUUCACAGACAAGCAAUGGCUUUGUGACUUUGGCUUUUUGGUGGAUGUUAUGAACUACCUUCAAGAACUCAGUGAAGAAUUGCAAACUAGUAAAGUCUUUGCUGCUUCUGCCUUUGACCAUAUUUGUACUUUUGAAAGUAAGCUGAAUUUAUUUCAGAGACAUAUUGAAGAAAAAAAUCUAACAGACUUUCCUGCUUUCAAAGAAGUUGUUGAUGAGCUUAAACAGCAAUAUAAGGAAGAUCAAAAAAUAUUUGAUCCCGACAGAUAUCAAAUGGUGAUCUCUCGUCUGCAGAAAGAUUUUGAGAGACAUUUUAAGGACCUAAGAUUCAUCAAAAAGGACUUAGAACUUUUUUCAAAUCCAUUUAACUUUAAACCCGAAUAUGCACCUAUUUCAGUAAGAGUGGAGCUGACAAAACUUCAGGCAAAUACUAGCCUUUGGAAUGAAUAUAGAGUCAAAACCCUGGGACAGUUCUAUGCUGGAUUGCCUGCUGAAUCUUACCCAAUUAUCAAAGGGGUUGCCUAUAAGGUGGCAUCCUUGUUCGAUAGUAACCAAAUCUGUGAAAAGGCUUUUUCUUAUCUGACUCGAAACCAACACACUUUGAGCCAGCCACUGACAGAUGAGCAUCUUCAAGCCCUGUUUCGGGUUGCCACAACUGAAAUGGUUCCCAGUUGGGAUGAUCUUGUGAGAGGAAUAAAUGAAGCUAAUCUAUAAGCCUUUGUAGUACAACAUUGAAAGAAUACCAGAAGCAAAAAUCUGUUUUGAUUUUUUUUUUCCCCCCAAGUUUUCUAAUUUGGAUUGUUGGAAAACACCAAGCUUACUAAACAAGACAUCCAAAUCAAUCACAAUUCAGAACCUCCUGACAGUUGCCUUUUUUUUCAUAUGGCAGCAUGGGACUGAAACAAUAGAAUACCACCUUUUUUAAAAAAACUUUGUUUAAUGGCAAAGUCAUUGUCUUUUACUUUUAUGGUAUAAUUGAUUUUAAGGAGUUUAAUAUUGACAACAUUAGUUGAAUUAGAAGUCUGUUUUUAAGGUGUUCUGAGAAUAUAUGCCAAAAAUUUAACUUUUAUUUUAAUGAAGUUUUAAAAUUUUGAUUCCUGUAGUCUGAAGUUAGCAACCCCUUAAGUGUUUAAACUAAUUUGCAAAAACUCACAUAGCAAGUUCAUGAGUUCAAAAAAGGAAAAACAUAACAUACAGUGGAGGUAUUUUGUCUAACAAAAUGUUUUGAGACUAUAUUUUUAAAACAUUUCUGAGUCUGAAAUAAAUAUUGCCAGAUUUCCUUCCUCUUACCUUCCCCCAUUCACCCCAGUGAAUCUGAUAUUACUAACAGAGGAAGUAAUAAAAAAUUUAGUCAAAGGAGCAAGAAUUGUUUUUAGGUUGCUGAUUUCAGGAGGCUUCCUGCAAUUUGGAGAUAAGACUUAACCAAUUUCUGGGGGUUUUCCCUGAAUUUUUCACAACUGGGGGAUGUUUUAUCAGCUUGCCUAUCAAAGGACUUUGGUAAGUAUAGAAUCUUAACCAUUGCUAGUUAGCAAUUCUUUUUCCUACUCUAGACAGCAGUUUGGCCCUAUCAAAAGGGUGAGGAAAAAAACAGCUUUUUGCACUUCAUGAUGAGGAGGUGUGAGAUAUUUUAGCUUAUUUUAUGUGCGUGUUACCGCUUUAUAAAGAAAUCCUAUUUAAAGGAAACUUUUAAAAUGAUAUCAGAUUUUGCUAGUUGCUGGAAAUUGAUUUAUUCUAAAAUUUAAGACUAUCUCACACGUUUGGUAAAGACAGUGCACAAAUAGAAAUAUUUAAAUUUCAAGAAUUGGUCUUAUUCACAGAUUAUAGUAUUGCCUCAUUUCUAGUAAGACAUCUGUCUUGUGCUAAAAUAGUUACUUUAAACUUAUGUUAAUUGUGACAAGGCAAUCUCACAUUGAAGUCCAAUAUAUAAAACUAAUUUAAAAACGGGACUUAACUUGUAUAUCAUAGAUUCCCAAGUACAGUUUGAAAACUUGUGCUACUAAGUCUUUAACUAUUGCAGCACUUUAUGCUGUGGUCUCUAAUCCAGCAAAUUUAAGGAACCAGGAAACAACCAAGAAUUUAGAAGGAAGUGAUGCACAAGCUAUCUUAAUGGAUGCUGUUAGAGCCUAGGAAGCAAAAUUGUUUCAGUGCUUCUCAAUCAGAGGCAGUAACCCUCCCUUCUAGAGGAUGCUACGAAAUGUGAAGGGACACCUUUUUGGUUGUCUUAUUUGCUGGGGGGGUUUCUGCUGGCAUUUCAACCUAAAGACCGCUCCCUCCUGCAGUAUAUACAACAGCCUGGCAUUAUGAAGAAUUAUCUCUCCCUGCCCGUAAACCCCCAGUGUACAUAUUAUCUUAUGUCAAGAAACAGGGCAAAUUACCGGUAGAAGCAAAAUUAGACAGGCAAGUUGGGUAAACUGAUGGAAUACUUGAUGGGGAGACUAAUUUCAGUAUUCCAAGGUUAGCUGGUAAGGUGCAAUAAAGGUUCCAGUAGCUCACAUAAUAGCAUUUGUAAAUCAGUAAUUAAUUCUGAAUCAGAUUAAAGGGCUCUCUCCUAGUAUACACAAUUAGUUUAGGGCAGAUAAACCUCUUAUAUAUUAAUAACAUCAAGUUGAGAUUUUGAUUAGCAAAGAAUAAGCUCAAAUAUCUGAAAAGAUGACAGUGAAAAACUGAAAAAAAUAAGUCUACCGGUAAUUUCCCGAUAGUUUUUGAGUGUUGCUUUCACAGCAAAUGCUUUAUUACUUGUGAGAAAGUUUGUAAGACUUGAAGGCCGCUUCUGCUUUCUAAUCCCAGUUCCUCACAUAUUGAAAUCUUGUAUAUUUUGUGAAGUUCUAGUAUGUUUUGCUUAACGUGAUAACUAAAAUUAGUUUGCACCAUAUAGUAACUGAGUGGGGAGAGAUAAAAGCAAGGAUUUUAACAUUGAUCCUCAGCAAAAAAGAAUUUGCUAUAACUAGUCUUGUUUAUUUAAAAAAAAAAAAAGUGUAUUUUACUGUUUUCUGUAUUAAGUAAUUCUGUAGCUGCAUGGCAGUCUUUUCUUUUAUAAAUAUAUAGCUGUUAUUGUUCCUGUUGUAUCAGUGCAUAUAGAUGAAAUAAGUACCAUUUAAAAAAAAAAAAAAAAAAAACAACUUUGUGUCCUUACCAAUUACUUCCCCAUAUCUCCCAUUCCCACUUGUUUCUUGAAAAAUUUGCUCUCCUUGUUUUCUGUUUUGCCACUCAGACUGUUCUAUCAAGCUCACUAAGUCCUUGUCAAUAUCCUUACCAUCCUUGAACUGUUACUUUAGAUUGAGGAGAUUUUAGUUCCAGGUAUGCUUUCUUAGUCUUCUUUGUAGGCACCUCUUCCCUUAAAUAUCUGUUCUUAUUGUUUUUUUCAAGGCUACCUACUCUCCCUUGCCUUAUCUCCCUUCCAUCUCCCUAGCCAAUCUCAUCUCCUUCCAUGGCUUCAGUUACCACCUGUAUGCAAAUACUCCCAAAUUCAUAUUUCUUUUCUGGAUUUUUCCCAAGUCAUAUAUUUAAUUGCUAACAAAUCCACCUUGCUGCCUCACAGGCACCAAAACACAUCAUUGAUCUUGACCCCAAACCUCCUGCUCAUUGUUCCUCUUUUCUUCAGUAAACAGAAUUACUACUACCAACCAUCCAAUUGCCCUUACCCAAGCCAAAAACUGAGUCAUUCUGUUCAUGCCAGUCCUAUGCUUUAAUCAUUGCCCUUAGAAUAUAAUAUAAAUUUUUAUUUAUCUUUCAGGUCUCAGUUUAUAUGUACCUUCAUCUAGGUAGCCUUUGUUGAUGCCUCUAGACUAGUUCCCCUGAACUAAAUUCCCUACAUACACUUAGUUCUUAUUACUGGUUAUUGAUCACUGCUAGACUAAGCUUUACAAGGGCAGGGACCAUAUAAACCUUGCUCACUAUUUUAUCUUUAGCAGUUAGCACAAUGCCUGGCAUUUUAAGAAAUGUUUGAAUAAAUAAAUAUUUGUGUAGUGUUUUACAAUCUUUGAAGCUCUAGCACAGUCGCAUUUGACCUUCACAGUCACCCUACCUGUUCACUAGGUAGUUGUAAAACACAUUGCAAAUUAACAAUAAAACUAAGUUCUUUGUGACUAGGGACCUCAUUAUUGUAUUCCUAGAAUUUAGUGCAGUGCUUAGCAUGUGGUUCACAAUGUGAAUGUUGUCAAGGAAACAAACUGAGAUUGCAAUUUUCCCUAGUAAACAGUGAGUAUUAGGAUUCAAACCCAGCUGUACUCACAUAAAUCCACUGUGUAAUAUCACAUCCAUUCAUGAUAUAGUCUUAUUUUUCUUUUAUUCUAAAGGCAGAUUUCCAAAGGAACCUACAUAUAGAGAGAAAAGAUUGGACAGCUUUUUAGAUUGACCUAAGAUUAAAUUUCGGUAAUUAAAAAGUUACAUUCAGUAUUAGAGAAAGAUAAUGCCACAUAAGAGUUAAUAUCCAUUUUUCCUUUUGUAGGCAUCAACCCUAGGAGAAAAUGGCAUGCUAUUUAUUUUGCUACUUUCCUUUACAGAUGAUUUCUGGCUCUUCUGGAAUUUAAAAUUUUAUUUAUUUUUUAAAAGUUUUAUUGGAGUACAGCCUUGUCCAUUUAUAUAUUUUCUAUGGCUGAUUGUGUUUUACAGUGGCAGAGUUGAAAAGUUUCAACAGCAAGUAUAUGUCCCACAAAGCCUAAAAUAUUUACUUUGUGGCCCUUUACAGAAAAAGUUUCUUAAUCCUUGUUCUUUAUUUUCCUCAUUCUGGGACUCAGGCUGACAAAGCAGUUACCAUCAGGGAUGUGGCUGCUCAAUUUGGGAAGUGAAAAAAGUUUGGCAAAUAACUUGUAGACCCUUAAAGUAACACAGCCACACCUCAGUCCUAGGAGCAUAAUCCUUCCCCAACAAGGGAGGAAAGCCAGAAAUAUUUGGAAGAUAACACUACUGAUUAACAUGAUUAUAUUUCUCCAUUUAUACAAUUUUUUCAAUAUAAUUUUGCCUUUUUAUUGAUGUAAAACUUGAAAGUUGACAAAAAUUAAGUGUAUGUUUGAAUGUACCACCCAGAUCAUGAUAGAAAAUAUUUCUGUCACCCCAGUAGGUGUCCUUAUGCCUUUCUCACAUACAGAUAACUGCUAUUCUGACCUGUAUCACCAUCAGUUAGCUUUACCUGUUUAAAAACUAUAUAAGUGGAAUAAUUAUAUGCACUCUUUCGUGUCUUUGUUCAACAUGUUUGUGAGGGUAAUCCAUGUGGAUGUAGUAGAAGCAAUUCAUUUUUACUUUGUGUUGUAUUCCAUUGUAUGACUCUACUACAAUUUAUCUAUUCUAAUGCUGAUGGAAAUUUGGAUUGUUUCCAAUUUGUGGUUAUUAUGAAUAAAGUUGCUAUGAAAAUUUUUGUGUCUUUUA